AUUCAAAACUGUUUAUAUUAAUUAAAAUUUGUUAAAUAAAUUAUUCAUAAUUUUAAAGUUAGCCUGCGUUGUUAGAUAAAAUGUUGAACCAAGUUUCAAAUUAAGGAAGGAAUCUGUUUAAGAAUGGAAGGUUAUUUCACAUUACCUCAAUCAUUUAAAAUGAAUUUUGGAAAAGAGAAUUACGGCUUCCGUAUCAGUAUAGGAGAGAAAGAUACAAUUGAACUAGGUUUCAAUAAAAAGCGUGAUAAUAAGGAAUGCGGUAUGUGUCCCAGGCUACUUCGCACAUGGACUCCACCCUCUAACAGAAAUAGAGUAACACCAUAUCGUCACAAAAGUUCUAAACCUACCAAUCAAAUAGUUGUUACUUUACCUCCUGGAAAAACAAUUAAGGUGUCUAGUCCUUUGAUUAUAGAAUCUGAUAAUUUACACAACAUCAAAGCAACCUUUUCUCCCACAAAACCAAAAGAUGUUCAGCCUGAUAAAAUUACUUCAACAGAGGCGCUUAAUAUCUGCAAAAAGAAAAUUGAAGAUAAAUUCAAUUCCUACAUUCAAGUUUUAGAAGAACAUGAAAAACUUCUGGGCAAACAAGAAAUCAAACAGAGAACAGUAGCGCAUCGAAUUCAGAGACUUAAAAAUAACAUCGCUGAUAAGCAUGAUUCAAGUAAAAUAUUCAACGAAAAAUUCAUUCAUAAAAAUAAUACAACGAGUUCCAGUGAGCCAUCUUUUGUUCAAGAACGUUUUCCGACUUAUAAAAAAAGUUAUAAGGUUGACGCUUCAAAAAAAGCAGAAAAUUCUACUAAGUUUGAUAAUGAUCAACUUGGUAGAUUCACUCAGGAUACAAUGCAAGAAAACUCAAUGGCUGAUAUGACAUCAGUUAAAACGUUUCGUAGGAAAAGUGUUGAAAAGAAACAAGUAGAUCGUAGAACAGACGCUGGAGGUUUUUUAAAACAGAAAGAUGAAGGAUUAAAGAUUAACCCAAAAGAAAAGAAUUAUAAUGAACAGUAUUUGAACAGUAUCCGGCAUUUUGAACAACAUCCGACCUAUGAAAAAAAUGAUAACGGUGACGCUUUGACAAAAGCAGGAAAUAUCACUACGUUUGAUAGUGAUCUAGUUGAUAGAUCAACUCAGUAUACUAUACAAGAAAAAUAUGUGCCUGACAUGACUAGUACAUCAGUUAAAACUUUUCGUAAGAAAAAUGGGGAAAAGAAAGAAGAAGAUCAAACAGAAGUUGGAAGUUUUUUUAAUCAGAAAGAUGAAGCAAAAAAGAUUAACCCAAAAGAAAAGAAUUAUAAUGAACAAUAUUUAAAACGCGUUUUUUCACGAGAUCAAGAUAGGAAUAACUUGGUUUCGGAAAUUGGAGGAAUUUUUGAAGAGCAAGAUGAAGAUAAUUAUGAUGAACAAUAUUUAAGAGAUGUUAUUUCACAAAGCCAAUAUGGGAAUAACUUGGAUAAAGAAGUACCUACUAUGAGACCAACUAUUGAAAAUGUUUCGAAUCAGUUAGCUGAAAGCAUGCUGGAAUCAAAAUCACUCUUGCAAGAUCUUUAUCGCGAAGAAAAACUUUUAAACUUUUCACAAAAGGAUUACAUUCAGUCAGCAGAGAAGUUUUAUCGCGGCCAGCAGCGUCUACUGGAGGACUUUUGUCGGUCUUUAGAGAGCAUCUGCGAUAAUGACGUCAUGGAUAGUCGUUACAAAGGAACGCGUAUUUUAAACAAACUUAGAAGCCAUUGUAAAAAAUAUGAAAGAAAGAGUGGUAUAAACUUUAAAGCUCUAAGUGAGUCUGAAAUCGACAAGCAUAUCGAAGUUAUAACUGAAUUGCAAGAAAAUGUAAAAGAAUUGAAAGAUGCCCCUGAAAUUCAUACGAGUGAAAUAGAUUCUUUCCUUUUAGAUAGAUUAUCACGAGCUGAUAUUAGGUUAAGGCUUUUGAAACAACAGUUUGAAAUUGAGAAAGUAAUUCGAAAAAAUAGGUCCGCAACAGCCAUGCCUAGUCAGACUUCUACUUCAGAAGGACAAAAUCUUAACGCAGAAUGUGACAAAUACAAACAUAACGCUCCUACUGAUUUGAUGGCUGAUCACACCAAAUUUUAUCCUUCUACUUUUGCUCCCAACGAAGAGGGUGGUAUUAUGAUUUCACGCAAGGAAGAAUGUGUAGAAAAAACAGUCUAUCUUCAUGACCUUAGUUCCAGUGAUGCCAUUGACCUUAUGUUGCAUAGCUUAACUGAGCCUAGUCAAUCAUUCUUCACAGAUAAUACAAGUAUUGAACCUAAAAGUGAAUCGGCGAGAAAGCACAUUUAUCUGCCACUACGAGAAAAUAAUUUGAAAAACCAGUUGAAAACUAGCAGAAAUGAAAAUCUUAAGACGGAAGCAAGAGAACAUUUGCCACCAAAAGAUGGAAAAAUAUCCCAAAGUGAUCAAGUACACACUUUAGGUUUAAAUCAAGUAUUGUCUACCACGCAUGCUUCACCAUACGGUAUGCAGAAGCAUAACAGUUAUGAAACCAAACCAUUUUCAGAUUCUUUUGACCAGAGAGAAAAGUUUGUUGAUGAAAUGCCUGAAAUUACAGAUCCAGAACGACUAACACUUUUUAAAACCACUAGUUCACCACAAAAGAAUUAUAAACGAAGUGGUGAACAAGAAUACCAUUACAUGAAACCAAGCUCUGGUUUUCAUCUUGUAGGAAAAGAUCAAAAUGAUCCAGACACAGGAAUGUCUGAUAAAGAAGCUUUAUGUGAAACAACCAUUAAUCAAACCCUGAAGAAAUACCCAUCUAAUGCCAUAAGCACAGUUUAUCCUGUCCCUCAUAACGAGAGUGUUAUCGAUAUGGUCCCUUUAUUCUGUUUGAUGGUCUGGCCGGAAAAGCAAAAUAUACCUGAUUUGACUACGGGCCGCGGCAGUUUUAGAACUGAAACUUUCCAAUCACAAAAUGUUUUGAAUCGUAAUAAAGAAGACAUUUCAAAGAUUUCUCAGUAUACUAAUGAAGUCGAUCACAUGGAAAGUAAAGCUAACGUUGAGAAUGAGAAGGAGUUGAGAAGUGGUUCCCUUUAUACAGAGAAACAUAUUUUAGGAGAUAAUUUUUCACACCAGGUUUGUAAUUGCGUUUUUACCCCAAAAAAUGUUCAAUUUUUGAGAAAUAGAAAUGAUAAAACAAUGGCAUCCGAGGAUGAGUUGAAUGAAUUGGACGAUUGCUUUUCUAGCUCAUUACACGAAGUUGAAGACUGUAAAAAUAUUCCAAAAAAUGUAGAAUCUUCUCAAAUGAUUGAUUAUAAAAUAGAAGCACUGAAUUCUUAUCAUUCAAAUUCUGAUAAUAACAAAAUUUCUGUUGUGUCUGAUUCAAAACAAACAUCUGGAAUUCCAAAAAGUUCUUCUGACACAAUAAUUACGAACAAUAUCAGAAAUGAAUGUAACUUUAUUUCUCCUAAUGUUGAACAAAAGGAGUUUUCGUCCAUCCGGAGUAAUAAAAUAAAUAAUUUGGAUUCUAAUGAAAUGCUAUGCAAAGUCCCGUAUUCACUAAAAAGAAACGAUAAAGAAAUCAUUGAAGUAAAUGUAAAUGACCAAUGUACCCAGGAAACUCCGCCUGAAAAAGAUUCAGACAAAUAUUUUAGGGGAAAAUUGGAAGAAGCUAGCAAUUCACCACUGUCAAAAGAAAAUGAUCCAGCCAUCUCUAUAACUAAUAAUAUCGUCAAUAAUUAUUCCAACUUUCCUAACAUUGCUCAUUGCAAUUGUUCCACAGCAUCGUAUGAGCCACAAAAUUCUAAAAAAUGUGAUGUUUCGAACAUAUCAGAAAAAAAUCUUUCUUUAAAAGGUGGUUCCUUAUCCCCUGCUGAAACAAUGCAGAUAAGACAAAGGAAUAUAGAUUUUCCGAAAACAGAAAAUAAUUCGAAGUUAAGAAAAACCAUUGGGAAAUCGCAGAAAAAGCUAUUAACUAAUAACAUAAAGAUAAAGCAGACUGCUUUAAGAAAAAUGAAAUCAAGGAUCCUACACUCCUCGGAAGACGCAUUCGCGUAUAAUUUACUUAGAUUAUUCACACAAAAUAUUAAUAUAGAUACUCCUAUUUCAGAAAGGUUCAAGGACUUGGUUGAUUCAGACCCGAAUAAGAGAGAUGGAUUUGAAUUCAGAGAGUAUUCUAAUCGUGAAUUUAAGAAUGAAAAUUGCCUCUCCAAGAAAAUUCAGGCAUCUUAUCCUGAAACAUACCAUCAAUGCAUUGAUCAUGGAUACAAUAAAAUAUCUGAUAUGCAUGUUACUGAUAAGAUGUCCAAAGAAAAUACCCUGUUGAAAACUGAUAGUUUCACUAGAGCUGCAUUAGAUUGGAUCAAUCGUGAAUACAAUAAAAUACCUAAUACACCCGUUGAUGUUCAAUCAUCUAACAAUAGUGAAAAUUUAAAAAUAGACAGUUUCACUAGUGCAGCGCUGGAUUGGGUCAAUCGCAAAUACAGUAGAACUGAUAUACCUCUCAAUGCCCAAUCAAGUCACAGAAGUGAGUUGUCUUCCGCGCAAAAGAGUUUUUUAACGGUAAAAUCGGGAGUAAAAAGAUCGCCAUUUUGCCAAGAGACAAAUCCCGAAAGAAGCAUAAAGAAAGUUAUCGACACACAUGAAUAUGAUUCUGAGCUAUCAAAUGAAGGGAUCCAAAGAACUAAAGAAGAUACACUAAGAUCAUUGUAUUGCAAUACUUCGCAAUCUUUAAGAGAUAUAACAGAUGAUAUUUCAGUUUGUUCCCCACAAUUAGAGAAGUGGACUAACCCCCAAGUACCCGUAGCACAAUGUAAAUUUUUCAGCCCUAAAUUAGGGGUACAUUCUUACAAUAAAAUUGGACAAAGAUCGAAAAUCCAAAAUGUUAGUGGUAUAGCUUCUCGUAUAGAACUGUCGGAAAUCGAUAGACAACAGAAAAAAAUAAAUAAUUUAUACAAUGAAAUUAUGUCGUGAUGCUCAUUCGAAAUGUAAUUAAUAAAUAAAGUGAUAAUAUUUAAGUCCAGACAGGUCUACGAUUUUUAAUCAGUACAAUCCCCGUUACUUGAUUCCCUUUAAUCUGUUCAUACUCUAAUUUUCUGUGAAUAUUUUAAUGUUGAAAGGGGGCAAAAUUUCCUCAAGUAAUAUUUAUUUAUUUUUUUCACUGGAAACAAAUACCACAGAAAUGAAUCAUGCAUUAAAUAUAGGUGGUUCGUUGUUUCGAGAUCACUAAAAUUCAACUCGGACUACCAUAAAUUAAUUCUGUUUUAAACUUUUGAUUUCCAGUUUCGUAUUUUGAUGUGAGUUAUCAAAAAAAUGGCUUAUUUUAGCACAUUCUUUGUAUUGUAAUUAUUCAUUUAAAAAUCCACUUAAAUAAUUUUUUUAUAAGAAAAAUAUUUUUCUUAACUAAAAAGACAAGUAAACGGAACAAUGAAAAUGUGUAGUUACUUAUAAUAUCUUAUAAUCGCUGGUCCACGAGUAAAUUUUUUUUAACUUCUUCCUCUACGUGGGCACACAGUAGGUAUUUGACAAAAUACGAUUUACACAAUUUUCUAAAAAAGCAGCCAAUGAGGUAAAAUAUUCUUCUUGAGAAGGGGGGAGGGAGAAUUUCUUGUGUUGAAUUUUCAAAAUUGCAGGCAGUUGCACGAAAUAUUAGUCAGAAGACACCAAAAGUCAAUUCUUUCAGGUACAAAACGUUGAAGAAAACAAAAAUCAUGAAAGAAUGCCUUGUUACUUAUAAUCGGAUUCAGGACAACCGUUACACAGAUAAUCGGAUUGACGACUAACGUUUAACCCCUUAACGAUCGGUUAAUUUUCAAGAAAACGGUCUUUU